UUCAUACUGUAUUCCUACUAGAAAUUGUGAAACACAAAUAGUUAUUAAUUAUUUGAAUAUUAUCAUUUUUUAAAGUCAGUAAGCUGUGUUAUGAAAAUGACAGGUGUAGCACACAUAAUCGAGAUAUUCGCAUGUGUGACCCUCUUAACGUCAAUCACAUGCUUCCCUAUGGUCACCCACAAUGGAACUCACCUGGUUACCUCAACGGAAGCCAACAUCUCAAUCAUGCCGAAUCCAACAGCUAUCAAACAGAUUCCCACGGAUCAUUCAAUCAAUCCGACACUUACACCAAACCCAAAUCCUCUUGUGAUAGCUCCAACUGGACCAAGUGAAAAUCGACCGAAACGAGAAAUAAUUUUUCGACCGCUAUUUGUCUAUCGCGAGCAGCAGAUCGAGAAGCAACGGAUAAAUAAUGCACGACAGAAGGCGACAGAUGAAGCGGCAGCAAGAAACUCUUAUUAUGCUCGAUAUCCUCCACAAACUCAGUACUACGAUCCCUCGCGAGAAACUCGGUAUUCAGAUUAUUCGCUGCGUAGCACAUACAACCCAUUAGAUGAUAGCAAUUUUUAUUAACGUUAUUAAAUCAAUGAUGAAUUUACCAAAGGGUAUUUGGUCAAGUUAUGAAAAUGUUUAGCACGAACGAGAUAUACCGCAAACGGCUGUUUCAGAGUGAUGCAACACAAA